AUGGCUUCCGAGGGUCGCAAACAGCCGCCUUGGAUCCCCCCCAAAACCCAACCUGACGCCCAACUGCCCCAACUGAAGAUCUACAAUAGUCUUACAAGGACCAAUGAUGAAUUCGUCCCAGUCGACCCGACAGGGAAGAUGGUGACGUGGUACGGAUGUGGCCCGACAGUGUAUGAAGAUGCCCAUCUGGGCCAUGCCAAGAAUUACGUCUCGACGGACAUCAUCCGCCGCAUCAUGAAGGACUACUUCGGCUUCCGCGUCAAGUUCACCAAAGCCGCAUUUAGUCACUACAUUGAAAAGAAUCUUCCGUCUCUGCCCUCGCAUACAAGCCCAGAGAAUUUUCCCGAGGCAGCGUACAAGGCAUAUGAAGCAAAGUCCGAGCUUUCACCUCUGGCCGACGCCGCGACAACAAAACAGAGCCAGGCUGUUACUGUCGCCGAUUUGCUGUUGGGGGCACACAUUGGCACGGCUCGGUCGGCUGCUGAGGCCCUGCGAGCCCCGGGAAAGUUGCCAGAGUUUCUCGCCAAGACGGACGAUAUCUUACUCCCAUAUCUCGAUGCCUUGCAUGGUGCAGAUAUAGACUCUAAUAAUCACGAGAUAUACCUGGAGCUGUCUCAGAAAUUCGAACGCCGCUUCUUGGAGGAUAUGAAUGCGCUUAAUGUACUGCCCCCCGACCAACUAACUCGUGUGACCGAGUACGUUCCCCAAAUUGUCCGCUUCGUUGAGAAGAUCGUGGCAAAUGGUUUCGGCUACGCUUGCCCUGAUGGCUCCGUAUAUUUCAAUAUCGACUCGUUUGAGAAGGCUGGGCACAGCUACUCCCGGCUGGAACCAUGGAACAAGAACGACCGUGUCCUCCAAGCCGAUGGGGAAGGUUCACUGUCCAAGGGAAAGUCAAUGAAGCGGAGCGAGAAUGAUUUUGCGCUGUGGAAAGCGAGCAAGCCAGGCGAGCCAGCAUGGCCGAGUCCAUGGGGUCAUGGGCGACCAGGAUGGCAUAUCGAAUGCUCCGCGAUGGCCUCCGAUGCGAUCGGGAAGACGAUAGAUAUCCAUUCCGGGGGUGUCGAUCUUCGUUUCCCUCAUCAUGACAACGAGCUCGCACAAUCGGAAGCCUACUGGUCCACUCCGGACUGUCAUGUACAGUGGACGAAUUACUUCAUUCACAUAGGGCAACUGAGAAUUCGAGGCUUGAAGAUGAGCAAGAGCCUCAAGAAUUACACUACCAUUAGAACUUUUCUCUCCCAUAAGGAUUGGAGUGCACGUUCUCUCCGAAUUUGCUUCCUCCUCGUGCCUUGGCAGGAUGGUAUUGAGGUAACAGACGAGCUUAUGAAGACCACAGUCGGUUGGGAAGGCAAGCUCAAUAACUUCUUUCUGAAGAGCUUGGACGUUGAGAAACAUCUUAGCCCCAAGACUGCCAGAAUGCAAGAGCUUGGCGAAGACCAGCAAUUACUGAGCGCCUUGGAUAAGGCGAAAGCCGAUGUCGACAAAGCUCUUUGCGAUUCCUUCAAUACCUCAGCAGCCAUGAGAAUCCUCUCUGACCUCGUUACUGAGUUUAACUCGGCAGAGGCACUUUCAGACCAGACAGUCAUCUUGCUCGCCCGGUGGGUAACACGCAUUGUCACGAUAUUUGGUCUGGAUCCUGAGGGAGACCUCAGCAAGCCGGAUAGUAUCGGGUGGUCAGGCCUCGAUAUUCCCGUGUCAGCAAAGCCCUACAUCUACCCUGCUUCUCAAUUGCGCGACAAGGUUCGAACCUUGGCCUGUUCCGGCUCGGUCGACCAUGCAGCUAUAACGAAGCUCGCUGACGGAAUUACGAUGGUAGCAUCAACACUAGUGGCCGAGUCAUCCAAACAAUACGAUCAGGUGCUGCAGCAAUUCCGCACAGACGUCAAGGCCCUCGCAGCCCAUCAAGCUCCGGCAAAAGACCUGCUCGCCUUGUGUGACCAGCUCCGUGAUGUACACCUCUGGAACCUAGGCAUCUAUCUGGAGGACCGCAACAACUCUCAGCCUGCUUUGGUACGACCCCUCGAUAAAUUGCUCAUAGAGGCGCGAGCAGAGCAGGAAGCAGCUAGCACUGCCAAGGCAAAGGCAAAGCUGGAACACCAGGCCAGGGAAGCUGAGAGAGACAGAGAGCUGCGCGAGCGCGCUAUGGUCGACCCCCUGCUGAUGUUCAAAACCUCGGAAUACUUGGAAUGGGACGAAAACGGCAUUCCGACUUUCGACGCAGCGGGGAAUGUAGUAUCCAAGAAUAAGCACAAGAAGCUGGUCAGAGAGUGGGAAAAGCAGAAGAAGAGGCACGAGGAAUGGCAGGCGACGCAAUAG